AUGAUGAUGGCGCUGAGCAAGACCUUCGGGCAGAAACCCGUCAAGUUUCAGCUGGAGGACGACGGCGAGUUCUACAUGAUCGGCUCUGAGGCGUGACAGCUCUUUGUUGAAUCAGCUGGACUGCUGACUUCAGGAAAACCCCACAACUGGUCCUUCCGUGGUAGAUUGUACUAAGUAUAUUAAGUUUUUACAGAUUACCUCGCACUAGGCCUUUGUGGUCUAAAGGCAGUCCCCAGAUAGUGUACAUUCCUUUUUUUUUUUUUAAAGCAUAGCUGUGCAAUUCAGACCUGCAUAUACCAAGCAGUAGAGUCUCACGUGACGAGGUGGGAAACUACCUCCGUAUGUUCCGAGGUUCUCUGUACAAGAGAUAUCCCUCACUCUGGAGGCGACUAGCCACUGUGGAAGAGAGGAAGAAAAUAGUUGCAUCGUCACAUGGUAAAAAAACAAAACCUAACACUAAGGAUCACGGAUACACAACUCUGGCCACUAGCGUGACUCUGUUAAAAGCCUCAGAGGUGGAAGAGAUUCUGGACGGCAAUGAUGAGAAGUACAAGGCUGUGUCCAUCAGCACGGAGCCCCCCACCUACCUCAGGGAACAGAAAGCAAAGAGGAACAAUCAGUGGGUGCCCACCCUGCCCAAUAGCUCCCACCAUCUGGAUGCCGUACCAUGCUCCACGACCAUCAACAGGAACCGCAUGGGCCGGGACAAGAAGAGAACCUUCCCUCUCUGCUUUGAUGAUCACGACCCAGCAGUGAUCCACGAGAAUGCAUCCCAGCCUGAGGUGCUGGUCCCCAUUCGGCUGGACAUGGAGAUCGAUGGGCAGAAGCUGAGGGACGCCUUUACUUGGAACAUGAAUGAGAAGCUGAUGACCCCUGAGAUGUUUUCAGAAAUCCUCUGUGAUGACCUAGAUUUGAACCCACUGACAUUUGUGCCAGCCAUUGCCUCUGCCAUCAGACAACAGAUUGAGUCCUACCCCACGGACAGCAUCCUGGAGGACCAGUCAGACCAGCGCGUCAUCAUCAAGGUUCCGACUGCUCUAAUUUGGGUGCUUUGGUUCUGGCCCCAGCUGAAUAUUCAUGUGGGGAACAUCUCCCUGGUGGACCAGUUCGAGUGGGACAUGUCAGAGAAGGAGAACUCUCCUGAGAAGUUUGCCCUGAAGCUGUGCUCAGAGCUGGGACUAGGCGGCGAGUUUGUCACCACCAUUGCCUACAGCAUUCGGGGACAGCUGAGCUGGCAUCAGAAGACCUACGCCUUCAGUGAGAACCCCCUGCCCACUGUGGAGAUUGCCAUUCGGAACACAGGAGACGCUGACCAGUGGUGCCCGCUGCUGGAGACCCUGACUGACGCCGAGAUGGAAAAGAAGAUCCGUGACCAGGACAGGAACACAAGGCGUAUGAGGCGUCUCGCCAACACUGCCCCAGCCUGGUAACCAGCCCAUCAGUGCUUGGCUCCCACAGAGUGUUCAGAAGACCGGCCUGUCUCUCCAUCUUCUGGCAAAGGGGGAGGCAAGGGGGCCGCCCAGGGCCGUCCUGAGCAGCACAGCAUGGAGGCCUUCCAGGUCGCCCUCCCCGGGCACACUUUCCAUUUGCUGAGCCCUAGUCUCCACCACCCCAGUCUCUGGUCAAGAAGAAGCCUCAUUUUGGGUUAUGUUUUGUUUUUGUAUCGGAGCCCGAGGCAGAGCUAGUAACACUUUUUAAAUAAAAGACGACAGGUCACGUUCCA